AUGGUAUACAACUUUUCAUUAUUGGUCAGAGAAGUUAUCGCAAGCAGUAUACUGUACAUCCUCAAUGAUGAUGUCCCCAUACAGUCCCCAGCCACUCCUCGCAACCUCGGAGAGAUACUCAGCGCCAAAGGGCGCACCAGAUUGUUUACCAUGAGUAAUAAUCUCGACGAGACUGCCAAAGACCUGAGCAGAAGGCAGGCAAGGCUUUGCGAAGGGGUGUACCCGGUGAUACCCUUCGAAGGCCGUACUCCUUUCGUUGAGCCUAUCAUGGACGGGGGGGUCAAGUACGUAGUCAAUGGUCGCAAGCCCACCUUGGAACAGCCAAGCCAAUUAUUAUGCGAAGCCUCCAAGGUGGGACGUGGUGUUAGGGAAACUCUCGUCUCUGUGAAAGCUGACAAGCGAGACGAAGAGUCGACCAAAAUUUUGACUGGCCUAAAAGGAGGUGUCAGACCAGAUCGAAGGGACCAAGAGUUCAUGAGUCUUUGUAGGAGGUUGGAUGAGAUUAUGGACGAUGUUGGUAAGUUUUGUGUCUUCAUUCCGGAUGUCCUUCCUGGGGCAUUGAUCAAAUCUUGCCACAAGGUUGACAUUCCAGUCUUAAAGGCAGCUAUCAAGCAGUACUUGCCAAGCCACAAGCUUGCCAACAUCGUUAUGCAACGGUCCUUGUUCUCUGAAGUACAUCCGGUUAGUGGAGCUGACAAUGACAUGCCGGAUGUCUUGUUCCAAAAGACCAUGCUCACUGGAAGUCAAUUGCAAGAGAAUGGCCUCAACAGCCAUUUAUCUUUUGAUGAGAUUGUUCCUGAACAUCCAUCAUUGGAAUUCCUCAUGUUUCCUUCGAUAAUUCAAUAA